GAUGCCGCAGUGUCGGCAAGUUACGGCUGUCGCAUCUGGUCCGGUUGAUUCGGCCCAGAAUCUGAAAGUGCAGAUGGAUCCGGGCCGAUGGACAAGUCUCUAACAGGUGAAAAUUUAACUGAAAAUGGCCCGAGUGUACGGAGAGGGAUUGUGUAUGAGGUAGAUGUAAAUAGCCAGCAAACGUCAAAUUGGUAAGUUUUCACUAGACUUUAGUGGAGUCAGCAGUUCGCUUGACAGUAAAUAAGGAUCUAAUCCUAAAGUGUCUAUUUUUUUUUAAUACCAUUGUUUUCCGUUGUUGUUUAAGUGUUAUUUUGGUUUCUGAUCACCAAGGAGAGGCUACGCAAGGUCCUAAAGAUGAUGGCGGCCGCAACAACAAAGUCACGUGACUGAAACCCAUGAAUAAGAAUCUUACGGGUCACUGUACGUCCAUGUGUCUUGUCCAAUUCAGCAAGUAGAUGGCGUCUUCCCAUAACACAGCCUCCUGAAGAUAGCUGAGUCACAUCUCCACACGCGUUCACUGAAGACACUUCCGAGGCUGUAUUUCGCGCUCUAACACCAUGCUGACGAUCACUCUGAAGACCCUCCAGCAGCAGACGUUCAAAGUGCAGAUCGACGAGGAGCUGACGGUAAAGGCUCUUAAAGAGAAGAUAGAGGAAGAAAAGGGGCAAGAUGCUUUUCCAGCUGUCGGUCAAAAACUAAUCUAUGCAGGCAAAAUUUUGAAUGACGAUAUACCUCUAAAAGAAUACAAGAUAGAUGAGAAGAACUUUGUCGUGGUGAUGGUUACAAAGCCCAAAUCUGCAGCACCGCCACAAGCUCCUGCUCCCGCGCCGGCAGCUGCCGCUACCGUUACCGCAACUGUCGACAAAACCCCUGCACAUCCGCCCUCAACUCCUGCUGCACCUCCUGCUGUCUCCACAGUGCCUGUAUCGACCCCCACUCCCGCUCCCAUAGAACCAGCGGCAUCAGCGGAGCCGCCCGCGCCGCCCAUCACAGCGCCCCCUGCUGCCUCGGAGACUGCUGCGGAAAAGCCUGAGCCUGUUAGCGCGACUCCCGCUCCGAUCUCAGAAGAGGAGAACCAGGAAGCCCAAGAGGAGCAGGCCAUUGCCCAAUCAGAAGCCAGCAUUACAGAUGAAUUUGGUCUUUUAGAAGCAGCUGCGUCCAUACUAGUUACAGGUCAAGCGUAUGAGAAUUUGGUGACAGAAAUCAUGUCAAUGGGUUAUGAGAGAGAACAGGUGAUUUCCGCCUUACGAGCAAGUUAUAACAAUCCGGACAGAGCCGUGGAGUAUCUGCUUAUGGGUAUUCCCACAGAAUCCGAGCAGCCACCGCAGGAAGUAGUGCGGCCCACGCCAGUGUCCAACCCCACCCCUCCAGCACCACAGCGACCUCAGCCGCCGCCCGCCGCAGCCGGUGUGGAGUCGGGAGCGGCGCAGGCCUUGGCGAACCCGUUGGAGUUCCUGAGGAACCAGCCGCAGUUCCAGCAGAUGCGUCAGAUCAUCCAGCAGAACCCGGCGCUGCUGCCAGCGCUCCUGCAGCAGCUUGGCCGAGAUAACCCGCAGCUCCUGCAGCAAAUCACGCAGCAUCAGGAGCGAUUCGUGCAGAUGUUGAACGAGCCACACGUAGGCGAAGCCGGAGCCGCUGAAGCUCCCAGCGCACCACAGACCAACUACAUCCAGGUCACGCCGCAGGAGAAGGAGGCCAUCGAGAGGUUAAAAGCUCUGGGGUUUCCAGAGGGACUCGUCAUCCAAGCCUACUUCGCCUGCGAGAAGAACGAAAACCUCGCCGCGAACUUCCUGCUCCAGCAGAACUUUGACGAUGAGUGAACGUUAACCGUUUAGACGUGACGACACUCGGAGGAUGGCAACGGAGAGAAUGCAAGCGCUAGGCCGCAUGUUGCGUGCGCGUGUGUAUGUGUGCGUUAAAGCGAAUUGGACGUCGACUGGCCUUCCAUGAUGAUUUUCAUGGAGUUUAAACUGAAGCCAUGAUGUGACGUUAUAAUCAGCACAGCUAAAAAAUUUUUUCGAUAGAUAUAGCCGAUCCUUUACGACGAGGUGUCCGUUGUAUGUCUGGUUUCUGCUGCUAUCUCUGCUGUGUGCGUCGAGUGAGGUUUUAUUUAUCACAGUUAAACCCUGCCAAAAAAACUCUCAAGGUCAUCGCUCAUUUCUCACAAUUGUUUUUCAGUAUUAUUAAUAAUGAGACGUUUCAGUCGAAGUAGAUGCCAAAUUGAAUUAGCCACCAAUGAAAACAAGCCUUUGAUGGAUAGACGUACAUCUUUUCAACACGUCGUACCAUUUUUGUUGCGUUUUCUCCACUGGAACAAUUUUGGAAAUAUCAAAAUUAAAUAUGGUGUCUACUUUAUGCCAUGUUAUGUCAUAUUUAGUGUUUACUUUUCUUUCAUUAUUAGCCUCUACUGUGUGAAAUACAACGUUUAUGCGGUGGACGUCACCAAACUACUUUUCAACUCAUCUGUUCCCCUACAUCAAACAAUUAAUAUUAAAAAUAAACCAAAUUUUCUGCGCUGCAUGGGUAUGUUAGUAUCUUUAAACCCAUGUUUAAAAUAAGUCGAUAACGUCUACAAUCAUGAGUUUUUGGUAAAAAAAAAAACAGCAUUGAUAGUUGAUAUGUGACAAUCUAGUUGGCUAAUUAACUAGAUUUUAUUUUCAAGUUUAUUUCUGUUAUUUGAUAGGGCAUGUUUAACAAAAAUCAAAAAUUCUGUCACCAUUUACUCACCCUCAAUUUCUU